AAUCGACCGAGCGGAUUUUUUUAGCCGUUUGGAGGAUGGUUUAGAGGGCAGAGGCGUCUAUUAUGAUAAAUGUUUAUACUUGUAUCCUGUUUGAAUGUUGAAAAAAGAUUUUAAAGUUUUAAAGGUGCAGCGGCGUGUUAUUUCAAACAGGGCUUACGUCUGUAGUUUACUUGUGUGACUGUGACAUGCUUAUUAGCAUUCAUUAUAAACGGAAAAUGAAACGUUUCGGUCACUAAUUUGAUUCAUUGUUCUUGAGAGCAAAUGCACUACACCAAACGUUUUUGGUUAAAAUCUUCAGAAAAGCUGUAAGUUCCUUCUUUACUUCCGGACUACGAACACACUGACCACGUUGCGACGGGUCCACGCUGGACGUUCAGCAACUGUGAGAACUUUUAUUUUAACCUUUAAUAACAAAUUCAUGAUCGCUAUGCUCAACCGGGCACGCUACCUCAUCUUUUUCCAGUAUAUCGGAACAAAAUACAGUGGUGCAGUAAAAGUUCCUAUACAGCAAGUGGAUAAGAAAGGAGUUCAGGAUCACUUGGAGGAAGCCAUUCAGAAGCUAAGGCCCCUCAAUCCUGUCUCUCUGUUGGUGUCCAGCAGGACGGACACUGGCGUGCAUGCCCUCUCUAACUCUGCUCACUUUGACCUCCAGCGCAGCAACAACAAACCUCCGUUUACUGAAGACGUUCUUGUCCAGGCUCUGAAUUUUCACCUCGGGACAGAACAAAUCAGAGUCACCCAUGCCCACCGUGUUCCCCAGGACUUUCACGCCCGUUUCUGCGCCCGGUCUCGGACCUACGUCUACAGAGUGGCACUGGGCAUCAGCCACCACACUCCACUUCCUCUCACAGAGGAGAAUCUGUGCUGGGGCCUUCGCAGCACAGAGCUGGAUAUGGAGGCCAUGCGUGAAGCAGCUGCCCUGCUGGCUGGGACUCACGAUUUCAGCAGCUUCAGAGCAGUAAAUUCUGACAUACUGUUUAAAAACCCUGUGAAGACAAUGGAUGUGGUCUCCAUUCAGCCAGGAGGCUCGUUUGCACAGCCCUACUUUCAUAGAGAGAUACCAUUCUGGGAGCUGACCUUUAGAAGCCAAUCAUUUCUUUAUAAGCAGGUCCGUAGGAUGACAGGAGCCCUGGUGGCUGUGGGCCAGGGGCGGCUUUCACUGUCCCAACUCAAAGACCUAAUGGAGGCUCGGGACUCUCUGGCGUACCCUAAGGGUCUGGCUGCUCCAGCUUAUGGCCUCUUCCUCACUAGAGUAGGCUACAAAGAGUUGGAUCUCAACUGUUCUGAACAGCUGGACUUCAGGCAAAAAGCAGAGGACUGACUUCAAUAAACUUUAUACGUAAUUUUGUUUUUCUAAAGAAUUAAAACUUACACAAAAAAAGCAAACGGCCACACAAACAUCUAUGUGUUCAUUUAUUUCAACAUAUUAAGAAUGCAUGUGUCCAUGAACACAGCUCAGCUGGACAACCUCACGCUGUGAACCGACCCUCCUGACAGAAACAUUAACCUGGCAGACGAGGUGUGUGCUAAGAGGGGACAGGUGUUGUUCUAUAGCCUAAGCUGCUGAGUCCACGUCUCUCACGCAGAGGCAUCACAUUAUGGAUCAACAAAGUGGA